AUGGAGUUUCUGCUCACUGUGGCAGAUGUAUUUCUUAAAGCCUAUGAGCAAAGUUCUGCUGCAUUGAAGAGCAGCAAGCCGACAUCAACAGAUGUUAAAGAAGCAGCUCCUGCACAACAGGUUUCUAGAAUGGAAAUGAAUGUUGUGGUUAAGAAUCCAGAAUUUGUGUUUGUGGCUGAUUUGUCAAGAGCAGAUGCCCCAGCACUAGUACUUACAAUGCAGUGUGAGCUGUCCAUCAAAAACAGCCCUGAACAGCAGCAUAUGUCAGCUGCAGUAAGGAGUCUUCACGUGAAGGCCUGUCCCUUUCUGCCAGAAAAUAGAAUGGGGAAAAUAACUACGGUCCUGCAGCCGUGUGAUCUUUUUUUUCCAAAGUAGCCAAUCAACUGGGGAUCCACAGAAGAUUGAACUGUCAAUAAAAUCACUCAUGUUAAAGGUCUCUCCAGUCAUUAUAAACACAGUGAUCACAAUCACUUCAGCUCUUUCAUCUCCAAGUAAAGAAUCAAUAAGUGAAGUGACUAGUCCAGUUCCAGUAGACCUAUGGAGGAAGAAGAAUGUGAAAGAUUUAAAACUGUGGUUCCUGGAGGAAGAGAACGAGAAUAACAACAAAUCUGGAGAAGCAAACAAGUUAGUCCUGACAGGAGAGACCUUACAUCUGAACAUUGAAUCAAUCGUUGUCACUUUAGAAGCUGGUGUUGGCCACAGGACCUUGCCAAUGCUCUUAGCCAAGUCUUCAUUUAAAGGGAAUGUGAAGAACUGGAGCACACUUAUAAACCUUUACUGUCAACUUGAGUUAGAGGUACAUUAUUUUAAUGAAAUGCUUGGUGUUUGGGAGCCACUACUAGAACCUUUGGAAUUAGAAAGAAGUGAUGACUUCAGACCCUGGAGCCUUGAAGUUAAGAUGAAAAAGAAGUUAAGGAAACAGGUUUGUGAAACAGAUGGGGAUGAGGAAAAUUACAAGAUACCAGAAUAUGUUACAGCAAUCAACAUUUUUUCCAAAGACCAGAGAAUAUUACACUCUCUAAAUGUGGUAUAGUAAUGCUUGGCAACCUGGGACAGGCAUUUGCUGAAGCUGCCAGCAAAACAUCUGAUGUCUUUAAGAAAGACCAGGCUCCCUUUGUAGUCAAAAACUCCCUGGGUCUUCCAAUUUGUGUUACUCCCAGUGAUUCAUUUGCUGCUUUGAAUGUUGAGCAUGGAUUAAAGAGUCUAGAAUUGGAAAACGAGGAGUGUCUUAACUUGGAUUAUGUGCGUACAAAGAGCCAGACUGAUCAGUUCUCUGCCAUGACAAGCCUUAGCAGCAAACAUUUCUACAUCCAACUCGUUCCUCAGAAUCAUUCUUCUACUGAGAAAAUUCCCUUAACUAAAGUGGGUCGAAGUCUUUACAGUGUGAGACAUUCGGAUUCUGGGGUGGAGCGAUAUAUUGUUUGCCAGAUUGAUACCGUUGAAGGAGCCAAAUGCAUAACAAUAAGGUCCCCAUUGCAGAUUAGAAACCAUUUUUCUAUUGCAUUUCAAGUUUUUCAUGAAGAUACAUGUCUUGGGAUUGCUGGAUCAGAAGACGAUUUUAACAUCCCUUUGUCGUCUUAUAGAUCAACACUGUGUUUAAAGCCAGUAUUAGGCGAAUAUGAAAAAUGUGAAGGAAUUGACUUUGAAGAUUUCUUGAAAAAUCAAGGUUCACUACUAGCAACAAAAUGCCAGUCUCGUAAAAAUAACAUUGACUCUCUUGUCGUGAACAUUGUGCCAGUGAUGGAUGUCCUGAUAUCCUCGGCGUGUACUGAUGAGAAGUGGGACCUACCAUAUGUUGUUCAUCUGUGGCCCAGUGUUAUGCUUCGCAACUUGCUUCCUUACCAAAUGACAUACUCAAUGGAGAGUACAGAAGAGGGGCACGUUACAAUAGAAGAUGGAUGUUCAGUUCAGAUACACAAUGCCGUAAUAGAUCAAUCCAAACUCAAGCUACGUUUAUUAAAUUACCAUGACAUGAACUGGGAAGCCAUGUAUGCAAUCAAGAGCAAGCAGCAGGAUAUUCACUUUAUCACAUUCCGUUGUGUGUCAGAUCUAGACAAGACAGAACUGGACAUUGCUGUUCAUGUCACUUACGCCACUGGGCAAACAAUUAUUGCAAUUCAUAGUCCAUACUGGAUGGUCAACAAGACUGGAAGGAUGCUACAGUACAAGGCUGAUGACAUACACCGAAAGCAUCCUGCUGACCACAAGAAGCCCCUUUUGUUCUCAUUCAAGCCAAAGAACUUUAUCCAAAACAAUAAGGUGCAACUCAUGAUAACAGACAGUGACUUGUCAGACCCUUUCUCCAUGGAUACAGUAGGCACUCAUGGUGCUGUGAAAUGUAAGAGCAAACAGAUGGAUUACCAAGUUGGUGUAUCUAUUUAUGCCAGCAGUUUUAAUCUCACCAGAAUUGUCACAUUCACACCAUUUUUUAUGAUCACAAAUAGAAGCAUUUAUAAUGUGAGUGUAACUGAAGAAAAUACAGUGAGAGUAAUUAGCGUUCCAUCUGGACAGUGUGUACCAUUGUGGCCUGAUUGUGUGAAAAGCAAACUGACGGUAGAGGUUGAUGGCUGUGGGACUCCUCCAAAGAGAAUAAAGUUUGACAAACAGGACAGCUGCACUCUGAUUCAUCUUGAUGAUAAGCUUGGAGGCAUAUUAGUGGAUGUCACCCCGAGAGACCAUUCUACUGUCGUCACUUUUUCAGACUACUUUGUAGGAUCAGCUCCAUUUCUUAUCAUUAAUGAUACAAAAGCAGAGAUCGUUGAAUUUUGCCAAAGUUCUGUCAAUGCAGAAGCAGACAAAUUAGCACCUGGAAAAGCCACAUUAUAUGCAUGGGAAGACCCUACCAGUGACAGAGAAUUAUCCUGGAAAUGUGGAACAACCACAGGAAAAGUCAUUCAGACAGAGGACAGAGUUGAAUACCACAGACUCGAAAACUGUCUGCUCUACGUGGUGUGUUUCCUGCAAGGUUUACAACGGAUUGUGCUUUUCACUGAAGAUGAACAUGUUUUUAAUGUGACAUAUGAUAAUGAAAAGGCAGAAUUAGCAGAGCAAGAAGUCACAAUAUCAUUGUCAAAUGUUGGCAUUUCUCUAGUAAAUAACUAUUCCAAACAAGAAGUAUGCUUCAUAGGCAUCACCAGCUCAGAUGUAGUUUGGGAGACAAAGAAGAAGACUCGAUGGAGGCCACUGAGUGUGAAGCAAACAGAAAAGUUAGAAGCAGCCUACAAGGAAUACAGUGAGUCUGGACCCACAGACAUUAAAAUUGUUGAAUUGGAUACCAAUGCCCAGGUAUGCCUAACACCUACUUUCACUGAUAUGAAGUUUGUACAGCCAUCAUCAGCACCAGUGAGAAGAAGUUUCUUGCCAGCUUUGAAAGUAGAAUACUCAGCUUCUGCUCAUCAGACUUCCAUCAGACUACAGCUCUACAGAAUACAAAUACAAAAUCAGAUUCCUGGAGCCAUCUUUCCUUUUAUAUUUUACCCAAUAAAACCACCCAAGUCUGUGACCUUGGACUCAGAACCAAAACCCUUCACUGAUGUGAGCAUUGUAAUGAGAACAGCUGGACAUUCUGAAAUUGCACGAAUAAAGUACUUCAAGGUUUUAAUUCAAGAAAUGGAUCUGCGAUUGGAUCUGGGUUUUUUGUAUGCCUUAGCAGAGCUUUUUACACAGAGUGGAGAUGUAUCGAAGGACCAGGAGGUUGUCUUCUUCAAAAAAGAUGUGGAGUCUCUCCAAGCUGAAUUGAGCACAGUGACUUCAAUUAAUACCUCCCAGCUCAGCUUGUAUGAGGAUUUUCAUAUAUCUCCUAUAAAGCUGCAUUUAAGCUUCUCCCUUAGUACUGGUGGAGAUGAUGGGAAUAAAGAACUUCGAGACAAAGAACUUAUACCAGUCCAAUCUUUAAAUCUUCUCCUGAAAAGUAUCGGCGCUACUCUGACUGAUGUGCAGGAUGUUGUAUUCAAACUGGCUUUUUUUGAGAUUCAAAACCAAGUUUAUACAACACAGGAGCUGCAGUGGGAAGUUAUAAGGCAUUAUUCACGACAAGCCAUUAAACAAAUGUACGUUCUUGUGCUUGGUCUUGAUGUGCUGGGGAAUCCCUUUGGUUUGUUUCGAGAUCUUUCUGAGGGGGUGGAAGCUUUCUUUUAUGAGCCUUACCAGGGAGCCAUUCAAGGUCCUGAAGAGUUUGUUGAAGGAAUGGCACUGGGAGUAAAGGCACUUGUUGGUGGAGCAGUUGGUGGCUUAGCUGGAGCAGCAUCCCGAAUCACGAGUGCUAUGGCCAAAGGUGUAGCAGCCAUUACUAUGGAUGAAGAAUACCAGCAGAAGAGGAGAGAAGCCAUGAACAAACAGCCAAGUGGCAUCAGGGAGGGUCUUACACGUGGAGGCAAAGGCCUUGUGUCUGGCUUUGUCAGCGGUAUAACCGGGAUAGUAACAAAGCCAAUUAAAGGAGCUCAGAAAGAAGGAGCAGCAGGAUUUUUUAAAGGAGUUGGCAAAGGAUUAGUGGGAGCUAUAACCAGACCAACAGGUGGCAUAAUAGAUAUGGCCAGCAGUACAUUUCAGGGCAUCAAAAGAGCUACAGACACUUCUGAUGAUGUGGAGAGCCUACGUCCUCCAAGGUUUUUACAUGAAGAUGGUGUUAUAAGGCCAUAUAGGAUGAGAGAAGGAGCAGGAAGCCAAAUGCUACAGGUGAUGAGAACUGAGCUUUACAAAACUCAUGCCAAUAACUAA